AUGAAUGCCCCAAGGAUACUCAGCAGGGUGGCGUUCCGCCGUUCCUGCACAGCUCUGCAGUGCGCUUCCGCUCGCCGCGCCUACGGCAGCCCGUCGUUCCAGUCGUACCCUCUUUACACCAACAACAACACGCCUCCCCCGGCACGGGGCGACGGCAUCAUCCCCGAGAGCCCGAUCGCGUCGCCGGGUCCGCUGCCGAAGGUCAACGAGACGAGACCGCCCAAGAUUUCCUCGCAGAUGGCGUCCUCCCACCAGUCCCCGACACCGAGCUCUCCGUCUGCCGCGCAGUCCUCGACGACAACGACGACGUCAACAACAGCAAACACUUCCACAGCAACGACGCAGGCCACCGCCGCCCCGACGACGUCAUCGGCAUCGCCGGCAGCACAGGCGACCAAGCCGGCGGCGCGACCGCAGCGCAAGCUCCGAGCGCGCAAGGCGGCGAUGAAGCUGUCGCCGUCGGCGGUGGAGCAGCUGCGCGCGCUGCUGGACCAGCCGGAGCCGAAGCUGAUCAAGAUCGGCGUGCGGAACCGCGGGUGCUCGGGCCUGGCGUACCACCUCGAGUACGUCGACAAGCCCGGCAGCUUCGACGAGGAGGUGGUGCAGGACGGCGUCAAGGUGCUGAUCGACAGCAAGGCGCUGUUCAGCAUCAUCGGCAGCGAGAUGGACUGGGUCGAGGACAAGCUGAGCCAGCGGUUCGUCUUCAAGAACCCCAACAUCAAGGAGGAAUGCGGCUGCGGCGAGUCUUUCAUGGUAUGA